AUGAGUAGUGAGGUUGAACAUAAAGCUCCCGAAACGACAACAACUCAAGAUAACUUACAAACCAGCAGCAAUGUCUCUCAACAUGUUACAGGUCUUGCUCGCUUGCUUUGUAGGUUUAUUGAAAAAUUUACUCUUGACGAUACUACUCACGCAAAAGAGGUUCCAGGAAGAAGUACUACUCUUGAGAGUAUGGUUGAUCAUUUGGUGUUUAAUACAGUAAGUAGGGAUAUUUUGGAAGAAGUUAGAGAGAAGUCUCUAAUUGGGAAAGCUGCUUACUUAUACAUUAAAGACCAAUAUGGUGUAUUGCAACUACAUGAACAGAUUCAAUACAUUACUGAUCUUUAUGACAAAAUUUUGAGCAACAGUGUUAAGUUUGAGAAAAAGAUGCUGUAUUUUAACAACAUCUGGAAGUUCCUCACAAAAACAAAUGAAUCAGAACGUGAAUGUUUAAAACACUUUAUUUGGAUCCAUCAAACACUACCCAAAUUUGAACAGCAUUUUAAAGCUCAAAAUCUUGUUAUUUCCGAAAAAGAACUUACCAAAACGAUUAGAAUUUUCCAAAUCUUGAUGCGAAGACGGUUGCUCUUGCCACACACGGAUCUAAAGGUAGACCUCUGUCAGAAAAUCAACUUGAUACACUGCACAUCUGGGGAUGGCAAUGCUUUCAUUGUUUUGGUCUUGGUCAUAACUAUAAGUAGUUUUCAUCACCCCGGAGGCUUACUGCCAUACCUAAUUUUGAAGAACAUAUGA